GGUGCUCAGAAUGAAUGCUGGGACGACCCCGCCUGCACCGAGGGCGAGGUCUCCGUGUCCCGGGGCCAGCGCGCCGUGAUGACCUGCAACAUCUCCAACCCCUUCACCCACGUCACCGUCCGCCUGCGCACCCCCGGCGUGAGCAGGACCGUCUUCAGUGAGGACACCCCCGGCCGCUUCUCUCGGGGCGGGUGGCAGCUCCUGGUCCAGGGGGGCCAGGCCCAGCUGGUGAUCGGCUCCGCGCGGGACAGCCACGCGGGGCUGUACUCCUGGUGUCUGCGCGGACAGCAGCUGAACCACAGGAGCGUCUCCCUGAAUGUGUCGGGUGAGCCAGGGCGAGGGCGAGGGGGGCUGUGCUCAGCCGCCAACUCCAAGGGCCCAGGACGCCGAGCAACACCCCGGGCGCCCUGGCCAUCGCCCAAGGGUCGCAAACAGCCCCGGCCCCUGCGGCCCUCAGCUCUCUCUGCUCCCCACACAGACGUGGGAGCCCCCCACGCAGCCCCUGGCCAGCUCCCGGGCAGCCUGAGGAGGGCGAGGCCCUGGGGCCUUCAGCGCGGCAUUGGCCGAAGGAUUCACUAUGCUCCAAUAGGUCCUCUUCAGACGUCGCCUCUGCGCCUGGAGAUCCGGGCUCACCCGCUUUGA